AGUUGCGAUCGGUACUCGGUCCUGGGCAAGGAUUUGAUCUAUCUUCCUUUUUCCGGUUUGAUCCGCUGUGACGGAAAUCGAGUUUUGAAUACGGCGAGCAGGCAAAAAAAGCGAAGAAAAUGCGCCAAUGUUAUGUGCUGCGUGGCUGUGGAAAUUGAAUUAUAACUUGUGCUAUAAUUAAAUCCAUUAAACGGAGAAGCUGAGCUGCAACUAAGAACACAAAGCAGUAUAAGAAGAAGUACAUCCCGGGGAGACCUGCACGAAGAUUUAGUAAAAGUGUUUUCAAAGUUUGUGAAAAAGUGAUGCCGAGGAACGGCACAGCAAAAGUGGCACAGAGUUCGUGAAUACUUAAUAUACCCUCUAGCGCUGCAUCCAGGUUGGCCGAACGUGCCGCCGGUCUCCGGAGCUCCCUUUCCUUGCCGUGCCGUCUGGAAAACAGGAAAAUUUUAAAUGUUUGUUAAAAAUUCAUUGCUACAGAUCAUAGCUACACUACUUGUGGCUGUUCACAAUAGUGGCGUGAUAUCUGGAACGUUUAUGAAUAAUGGCGCGGUGCGAUGUGGUACAUCUGCCGUCUGCCGGCCCUUUUCCGCCAUCUACACCAAAAGUCAGCUGGCCAACGGGUAUGUCCACGUGGCCACGGUUCCGGCUGGAGCAUAUAACGUCACCGUAACGGAACUGCAGAACAGUCAAAACUAUCUGGCACUCAAAACAGCCGACCUGCCACGGUUCAUCAUAAAUGGUGAUUACACUAUUUCACUGAGUGGAUUCUACCAGGGAGCGGGAACCAUUUUCGAGUAUCGCAGGGUGGAUGGUCUGAACAAUGGAUCCACCAGCAGUUUUCGCAAAAUUGAAGGCGUUACUGAGUGGAUAACUGCCCCGGGGCCACUGUCGGAGCCGGUGGAACUGUAUCUUCUUUCGCAACAACCAAAUCCGGGUAUUAAGUAUGAGUACUUGAUGCCGAUCAACACCAAUCCCACCGAGCAAGAGCAAGGAUCCGUCGAGGACAAUCGAGUUGAUGGAAUUACAAAUGAAAUCUCCGAAAAAGCAAGUCUUCGUGUUCCGAAACACCGAACCAUCAUGAACACUACGAUUCCUGCGAGUACUUCCAAGCCACUUCGUAAACGAAAAUUCCUAUGGAAAGUGGUCGGAUUUGGCGCAUGUAGCAAAUCGUGUGGUGGCGGCAUUCAGCAACCAGUAAUCAAAUGCGUUCGUGAAGCUCCAACCCGCGUCUUCUCGCCGAAGCGAUGUGCCCAUCUAACGCAACCAUCUGUGAAUGAGAAUGUGCUGCGAUGUAAUACCCAACCCUGUCCUGCCUAUUGGAAACUAUCCGAAUGGAGCGAUUGUAACUGUGAUGAAAGACAAGGCGAUAAUGAAGUAUUCAAAAAUCGUGAGGUCAAAUGCGUCCAGGAACUGAUUUCCGGUAUAGUUAUCCAGGUUAGCAGUGGAGCAUGUUUGGAGGAACAGCCCCCGUCGGCCGAACAGUGCGAGUGCAUCAAGCAUCAUAAACCUUUGUCGGUGGAAACUAAUAAACAUAGGCCAACGGUUAUUAACCACCACCAUAGCCAUCACCACAAUCACCAUUCCAGCGUCCACAGCACUCAAAAUGAUAUGCAAACCACCAACGGACACAACCGACAGAAUCUGGACUCCAGUCGAGUUAAUCAAAAGGUAGAACCGAAAAAAACUGGCACAUGGUUGACAGCCGAUUGGAGCGAACGUUGCUCGGCAGCUUGUGGCGUUGGGCUACAGACUCGAUCGAUAUUUUGCGAUCGGAGUUCAUCGGUGAAUGCUGAACGAUGUGAUCUACGAUUUACGCCGGAUACCACUAGAGAGUGUACAAGCGACCGUGCUUGUGAGUACGGAGAAUGGUUCACCGGACCGUGGGGAUUGUGUUCUGGCGACUGCUUCAAUAUCACCAAAUCCCGGACGGUUCUGUGCAUCCGGAACGACAACUUUGUACCCGAUGCCGAUUGCGAUGAGGCCGAACGUCCAAAGUCCACAGAACAAUGCGAUAUUGAAACGAUUAGCGAUUGUAAACCCAGAUGGCACUACUCGGAAUGGACUGAGUGCACCAAAUCCUGCGACGGUGGCAAUCAGCGCCGAGUGGUCAAAUGUCUAGAGCUCAAUCUGCGCGAAAAGGUUAUGCAAGAAUCGGCCAGUUGCCGGUACGCGGAUCGCCCCGUAGCGUACCGAGUCUGCAAUGAGGAUCCUUGUCCCACCACGACUUCGACCUCCACUACGACAGCGGUCGCUUCCAUGGAACCAUACGUCGAUGCUCGUGAGGAUAUUGCCCAAAACGAUGCCGGUUGUCACGAUGAUUUUCCAAACUGUAGUAUUGUGCUGAAGGCCAAACUGUGCAGCUAUGCGUACUACAGCCAGGCUUGCUGUCAGACGUGCCGAAAUCGAUCAAACGAGCUGUAUUAGGUGACUUCCAUGUAGCAGUAACGUCCCGCAACACGCGUGGUGGCGUUCUUAGAAUGAAUACUAGCGAAUUGUAGCGAUUGAGUUUUAAGUUUUAAGUUAUUACUGCCUUUUUAUUAAAUAGCAUUUUCUAAACCAUAUUCUUUACUGCAGAUGUUUGUCAUUUACUCAAAAUAAUUUAUCUUUCCGAAUACACGAAAAAAUCUGCGUUUUGGAUGAUUCCGCUCAGCAGAAAACUGAUUUUUGUUCAGAUUUAUAUUCUAGUUAUUAUCGGAGUUGCAGUUUCGAACAUGUAGAUGAAUCAAACAGCAGUGCAUUUAAAUUUCUCGAAGAAUAAUAAUUGAUAAGUAUUUAACACUAACUAGCGAUAAGCAUUAAAAUCAAAAUGACUGUGACGAGUUGAAGCAAAUACCACGAUUGAAUAACCCCUUAAUAUGUACUACGAAAAAAAAUUCAUGUUGCCCAAAAAUCACAAAGCCAAAAGGUUGUACAUGUAUAGAAGAGAAAAGCACGAAACCACAACUGCAAGUUAUCCUAAUUAAUCCGAUGUGUUUGACAAUGAACAGGAAAAAUAGAUCAAAAACAAACAUUAUUCUCAACAUAAUAUUUAAGUGCCAUUGGAGAAGUAGUACUCUUGUAGGGUAUGAGAAAAUAUGAGGCAAAUCAUGCAGAAAAAAAUAUUCGUUCGUUGUACACUUUUACAAUGAUAUGAUCUGAGUAGAUUAUUCUUAAGGAAAUUUCAAGCAAACAGAAAUGAAUAACAACAGACAGACAGAUAAGUUCGAUUUAUUGCACUGGUGUAAAGCAAAAAAAUAAUUGUACAAUUUAAUGCAGCUAAACAUCAAAUGUGUAGAAUAAAAA